AUGAUAUCAACUCUUUGCAGCUGUACUUCUCGCCGGCUGCUGAUGUCUGCUCGCUGUUCGCUGGGCUGUAGCAGCGAGAAGAGGGCGGAAGAAGGGGCGACUGCCCUUGUGGUUUCGCCGGUGGAGAGAAAAAGAGAAAGAGAAGGCAACGCUGGCUGCUGGCCGCAACUGCUAGAACCAAAAGAUGCAUUUGUUUCUUCGUGGCAUUUCACACAUAAGAUCGAAGCUAAAAAUCUUGAGGUACCCCUAAUUACACUCGAUCAAGCAUUGAAGUGGUUUUGCCAAGGAAAAUCUGUAUUUGGACCUUACUGGGAUCACGUGUUGGGAUAUUGGAAAGCAAGUGUUGAGAAACCCGAUAGAGUGUUCUUCUUCAAGUAUGAAGAUUUGAAGGAGGACACGUUGGGUUAUGUGAAAAAGUUGGCCGAAUUCAUGGACAAACCCUUCUCUAAGGAGGAACAAGAGCGUGGUGUGCCUCAAGAAAUUGUGGCACGUUGUAAUUUUGAAAAUUUGAGUAAUUUAGAGGUGAAUAAGAGUGGGAUGCUUCUAUCAGAAAGAACUCUACAAAUUAGUAAUAGUGUAUUUUAUCGUAAAGGAGAAGUUGGUGAUUGGAAAAACUAUUUGACGGAUGAUAUGGCAAAAUUAAUUGAUGACAUAACCCACGACAAAUUUCAAUCCUCGGGCUUGACAUUCCCUUCUUCAUCAGCAUGCAAUUAA